AUUCAAUCAAAACAUAAUAAUGUAGCACAAGUUGCACGACAAUAUUUGCAAGGUUGGGUUGACACAGUUGUCGUACUUUCUUAGUGGGUCCUUACUCCACCGCCCAAUGUUAGCAUUGAUGCUUCCCGUUUAUUUUCAUCUAUCUCCCAUCUUAUUUCCAAAAAAUUAAAUAAAAAGGAUAAAGAAAAUUGUUCCUAAAAAACGAUAUCAUAUCAUGAUUCUUGUGACCUAACGGAAGCCUUUUUGCGCUGUCACCUUUCAAAAGAUGAUCAUAUGAUUCAUAUAUAGUAGAUUAGUAGUAGUAAUGAAUAUAUGAUGCUUACUCCUUUUGCUCUUCUGGCAGCAGAUUAAUUGAGAUUUCUUUCUUUUUCUUUUCACAAUAUUAUAUUUUUAAUAAUGCAUGUAGGAUCAAUUGGACUAAUUGUCCAUGUACCGACGUACUAUCUAAUCAUCUAUUAUAGAAUGGACUGAUAAAAUUAAAAACAAACUGCUAAUUACAUUACCAAGUUUUCAAUUCAAACCAGCAAAUGUCAUUAGACAAUCGAUGCCAAGUCCCAAUAAAAUGUAGAAUCAAGUCCCUAGUUGAAACUGGGAAUUUAUAGCAGUAUUGAGUCCCAUCAGACGUGAAAUGCUUCACAAGGUACUUUUCAAAUUUUUCAAUUCCGGAACGUGUUAAAUGACCCGAAAAACCCGCUAUUUUGGCCCAGAAUAAUGGGUGUUGGUAGAAAGUUUCGGCCCAAAGCCUAGCCCGGCCGCAUGAGCUAAUGGCCAUACUUUUUUUGCCGUGGCCCAGCUCGAACCCGGCCCGACCCGCCUUUUAAUCAGGUCUACCCCUAAUAGAAACUCUAAUGGGAAACCUAAUCAAGAAAUGGUCCUUAGGUGCACACCACGCACAAAAGAUCAUCGCAUGUAGUGGUACUUGGUUACACGAAUGAAGGCUACUACAUAUCAAGUAUUCAAGUAGUUGUAUCAACAAACGUGAAACAGUCAAAGAGGGAAUGUCUUUUGGAUGAUAAUAAAAUGAUAACGAGUUCAAAAGAAAGAGGGAGAGCACGAAGUGGUAUGUUUUUGUUCCAAAGAGAGUGACAUUUAUCAUUUGUUUACUCAUUCCCUUUGACUCUUAACAAAUCUCUAAACUUACUUACAAAUUAACAACAAAGAAUGCUAAAUGCUAAAGACGAGACGCCCACUAACAUUAUCAUCCUGUAUUUAAACCUUCAAACUUGUCUUUUCUAACUAUUAAAUCUUACUCCUAUUUGCACUUUUCAUUUUGAGUUUGUUCUUUUUGUGCAAAUGGAAUUCCAAUUCCAGCAGCUACAACACAAAGAGAACAAACCUAAACAGACAUGUAACAACAACAACAACAACAAGGUAGUAAAGAGCGGUAUCAAAACCGGCACGACCAAGAACAAGUUUGUAGGGGUGAGGCAGAGACCUUCAGGAAAAUGGGUUGCAGAAAUAAAAAACACAACUCAGAAGAUCAGGAUUUGGUUAGGCACCUUCGACACAGCCGAAGAAGCUGCUCGUGCUUAUGAUGAAGCCGCUUGUCUCCUUCGUGGUUCCAACACACGGACCAAUUUUGUUACUACUCCGUCCUCUGACAACACCAACUCUGCUCUCUCUCGCAGAAUCAGAAACCUUGUCAACCAGAAAAAGAGCUUGAUCAGAAACAACAACACCCAACCACCUCCAGCUCCUCCAACAACCACCACAUCAACCACCAUCAAAACAACUGAUGAUAAUAAUGAUGCAGCAAAUACUAGCUUGGUUCUCAACCAAGCUGUAACUUUUGCAGGUGAAAAUGCAUAUAGGCCGGAUUUGAGUGGACAGUUUGAUUGCUCAUGGGCAUUUCCUCAGCAGUUUCCUCCUCCAAUUCCUAAUGAUGAUUUGGAAAUGUUCAGAAAACACCUGAGUUUCACAACAACAAUGGCUGAUACAGGGAUGAUGAUGAACAAUGCUAAUGAGGUAGCAAUGCUAGAAUUCGAGCGCAUGAAGGUAGAGAGGCAAAUAUCAGCAUCACUCUAUGCAAUGAACGGAGUUAACGAUUACCUGCAGUGUGUUUUCAAUGCAUGCGACUCAAACGACCCUACCUGGGAACCUCCCAUGCUCUAUCAUAAUUUUUGCCUUGGUUGAUUUUCUUACCAUUUUUGCUUCUUACAAUGUAUUUUUUUUGCCUGUUGCAUAUGUAUAGCCACUGGGAAACACAGGAAGUCAGUGUCUCCCUAAAUAUGACAACAAGCAUGUUCUUUAUCUGAAAUCAGAUUCAUUCAUAGCCUGUUUGUUUCCUUCAAGUAAUUAAUCUAUCUGGGUUGUGCAUUUUUUCUGUUCU